UGGACAUUACGUCCUUGUGUUGUCAACAGGACUUCUAGCUAGCGCAAAGCCUGGACGCAAUGAUGUCCAGCAAACUCGUGUCACUUCAGGAGACGCUAAUAAGAUUUCUUCUGAUUCUUGUAAGAUGCCACUUAGUCAGUUAGCCGAAUAGAUAAAUUCUUUGUCAUCUUCUGUUACAUCUCAGAGCUGCCUUUUGGCAUCAGGAGGAAAUGACCCAGCUGAGUGUCCGUCGCUGGACGCCCAAGCACGUUGCAAAGUGGUUGAAGGAAGAGGGCUUUUGUGAUUAUGUGGACCUGCUGUGCAACAAACACCGACUAGAUGGCACCAGUCUGCUUGCCCUCAGUGAGUAUGACCUCCGCUCGCCGCCUCUGGAGCUCAAGGUGCUGGGGGACAUCAAGCGGCUGAUGGUCUCCAUUCGUAAACUUCAGAAACAGAACAUUGACGUGUUGGAGGAGCUGGGUCUUCCUUUUGAUGGCCACUCUCCCACGGGCUCCGGAGGCAGUUUGGACUGGUUGUGUAACGGAGACCCAGGCAGAGACUGCGACAGCACUGACACAGCACCGGUGGGAGAGGAGUACCACCAGUACACUAAUGGGAAGUACAAGCAGCAGAUGCGGCGCCUCGAUCCAGAGUACUGGAAGACAGUGCUUAGCUCUGUCUACGUGGUGUUCGUGUUUGGGUUCACAUCGUUCGUCAUGGUCAUAGUGCACGAGAGGGUGCCUGACAUGCGCACAUACCCUCCACUGCCAGAUAUUUUUCUAGACAGUGUGCCUAGAAUACCCUGGGCAUUCGCCAUGGCCGAGGCAUGCGGCGUGAUCCUCUGUAACAUCUGGCUACUAGUUCUGCUGCUGCACAAACACAGGUCGAUCCUUUUGCGGCGGAUGUGCAGCCUCAUGGGGACGGUGUUCAUGCUGCGCUGCAUCACCAUGUUUGUCACCUCCCUGUCUGUUCCAGGGCAGCACCUGCAGUGUUCAGGAAAGAUCUACGGCGACAUGUGGGCCAAACUACAGCGAGCUGUGGCCAUCUGGAGCGGCUUCGGGAUGACGCUGACAGGGGUUCACACAUGCGGCGACUACAUGUUCAGUGGCCACACUGUGGUCCUUACAAUGCUCAACUUCUUUGUCACAGAAUACACUCCGCGAAGCUGGAAUUUUAUUCACACUUUGUCCUGGGUCCUCAACCUCUUCGGCAUCUUCUUCAUCCUGGCUGCGCACGAACACUACUCCAUCGAUGUGUUCAUAGCCUUCUACAUCACUACCAGACUCUUCCUAUACUACCACACUCUGGCCAACACUCGGGCUUACCAGCAGAGCCGGAGAGCUCGCAUCUGGUUCCCCAUGUUCUCCUUUUUUGAGUGCAAUGUCAACGGGCCGGUGCCCAAUGAGUACUGCUGGCCUUUUUCUAGACCUGCUGUGCUGAAGAGGCUGAUUGGAUAA